CUACUGUCUAACUUAUUUUCCUUCUGCAGGUAUUUUUCUCACUUCUAUAUCAUCUCAGUGCUAUGGAAUGGCUUCCUGCUUUGGUGCCUUACUCAAUCUCUGUUCCUGGGAGAACCUUUUCCAAACUGGCUUCAUGGUUUGCUCAGAAUUCUUGGGGCUGCCCAGUUCCGAGGGGGUGAGCUAGCACUGUCUGCAUUCUUAGUGCUGGUAUUUCUGUGGCUACACAGCUUGCGAAGACUCUUUGAGUGCUUCUAUGUCAGUAUCUUCUCCAACAGCGUGAUCCACGUGGUGCAGUACUGUUUUGGGCUUGUCUACUACAUCCUCCUCGGCCUAACUGUGCUGAGCCAAGUGCCAAUGGAUGGCAGGAAUGUCUACGUAAUAGGGAAAAAUCUACUGAUGCAAGCACGAUGGUUCCAUAUCCUCGGAAUGAUGAUGUUUAUCUGGUCAUCUGCCCAUCAGUAUAAGUGCCAUGUCAUUCUCAGCAACCUCAGGAAAAAUAAAGCAGGAGUGGUCAUUCACUGUAACCACAGAAUCCCUUUUGGAGACUGGUUUGAAUAUGUUUCUUCCCCUAAUUACUUAGCAGAGCUGAUGAUCUACAUUUCCAUGGCUGUCACCUUUGGGUUCCACAGCUUAACUUGGUGGCUAGUGGUGACAUAUGUCUUCUUCAACCAGGCCCUGUCUGCUUUCCUCAGCCACAAAUUCUACAAAAGCAAAUUUGUCUCUUACCCAAAGCAUAGGAAAGCUUUCCUACCAUUUUUGUUUUAACAUAACCUCGGUCAUGAAGAAUGCAUGCUAGGGGACAGGUUCAAUUCCUAGAGACAGUGAAAUCUGAAGACCUAAGUACAGUUUCUGCAGAACUGUUUGAAACUCUGUGUUCCAGAAAGUCUUCCGUGAAUGAGCAAAGCAGUUCCCCUCAAGAAAAUGAAUCUUCAAAGUGUCUUCAAAGAAGAAGUACUUCUGGCAGA